AGAAUGAUUCGAAGCUCCAUCGGUUUGCGGCAAACCGUACAGUUUCAACAGAAACGGUUGAUAUGGGAUCGCAUCAAGGAGAUCUUUGUACAGGCUCCAAAUCUGUCUCCUUCACAGUCUGCCAUGAACGCGCUUGGGUUUCGCAGGGAAGCUCCGGCGAGUAAGAGCAUCAAGGAAGUUCCUGUCAUUCCUCGCACGGCUCCUGGUGCCCAGUUCAAGAUCAGAUACUUUGAUCGUGAUACCGUCAAGCCAACAGAUUGGAACUACAAGGAUAGCGAGGGGAAAGUUGCAGCGGUGUCGCCUUUGAAAUACAUGGACGGCACUCCCUACCUGACCCAAUUUGCUCCUGUUCCUGACAUGCCAGCUCAUCUUCCACGACAGUCGGCGGACUGGAUCAGGCCAGGGCUUCCGCCAUGUGCAGGACAUCCCUAUAAGCUCAAGCCCACUGUCCCAGAAACCUAUCAAGACUAGUCUAAGCCCUCCCUUUUUUCGAAUGAGCGUGAGGAUGCCGCACAAGUUCACCAGUCACGUCUCAACAUCACGGUGCUAAGCCUGAUACCAUCAUAAACAUUGAGCCUGUAAA